AUGAGCGAGAGAUCGGGAAUGGUAGCAGCUGAUGCUACGUUUGCCAAAAAGCAAUUCCUUCGUGUCACUAUACUAUGUUUAGUAGAAGUGCUGGAAGGGUUGGAAAACCCAGAAGCCAUACCAUUGCACAAGACUGGGUCCUCUAGUCGGCGGACUUCGCACACUUCUUUGGAAGGGGGUAUGCGAAGUCAUGGUGAUGGUGAUGACUUGGACGAUGAAACUGAGCGAAGGACGCAUGAAGCCAUAUCUCGUCAAGUCCAGGCCGCAUAUAUGACUAACAUAAAACAGUCAUCAACCAAUUCUGAACCUUAUCCUGAUUACCUGAGUGAGGUACAACAGACCAAUGAGUUCGAAGAGUUUGUUUUCAAAAUCCUGGAGAUAUUAGCCUGGGAGAUUCACCACUUUCCAGCCUCAUCCGUCAACGACUCGAUGAUAUCUCCACCAGCCACGGUUCAGGAUAUGACACGUGGCAAAGUCAAACUUGACAGAGAAAUCCUUGCGGGACUUCCAUGGUAUAAUUCCCUGUAUGCGGGAAGCGAACUAGAUUAUGAGGGCCGUAGACGCCUUAAACAGCAUUUGCGACUUCCAUGCUUUGUUUCGACAGCAGGCGGUCGCGUACCAGGCACAGUUUUGCAAGAUACAGGAGCUGAGGUCUCGGUCAUGACGAAGAAACUGGCCAAGGAUUUUGAUGCUGAUGUCCAGUUCCUUGACAAGGUUAUCAAACUACGCACUGCCAAUGGCGGCCUACUUGUCACCAAGGAGAUAGCUGUCAUCGACUUGAGGCUGCCGUGCGGCCCAGAAAAGGUUUGGCCAACAAUGUUCUACAUUGUGGGCAACCUCAUCAACUGCCAGGCGUACCUAAGCAUCGUUGACUUUCUGAGAAUGGGCCACUUUCUCAUCGCCCAUUGCAAGGAAUGCGCCCGGGCAAGGUCUGACCUGUGA